ACUCCGGACGGGAGGUCGUUCCUCGUUAAAACGCUAGCUCGUUUUACAGCUAGCUUACACGAUCCAGCGCUAGUGACAGCUGGCCGCGUAAAUGUUUUGGCUUCCCUCAUGGACACACUCGCUCGGAUAAUCGCUCUGUGCUUUCUUGGGGUUUCUUCUUCAGCAGAAACACCUCAAUGCUGUUGCCCAUCCCCACUGAUUCAGGCAGAAGAAGGUCGUAAUGUCUCAUUACCAUGUUAUGUGGAUCCCUCAGUUGACCUGUCUGCUUAUACAGUGGACUGGAAACAAACUGACUUGAACAAUGUAGUCUUCUCGUGGCGACACGGGCAUGAAAAUCAUGGUGCACAGGCGCCGAGCUAUAGACGCAGAGUAACUAUCAACCCCGGAGACCUUAGCAGAGGAAAUCUAACUCUGCAGAUCUUCUCAGCACGCCUGUCUGAUAGUGGACAUUACAGGUGUUUUGUGCCAAAACUGAAAACCUUUUGCAUCGUUCAUCUUAAUGUAACCAAAGAGAUUAAUGUCAUGUCCAGCACAACCACAUCUCCAAAUUUCCACAGCACAACCACAACGCUGAAGCCAGAUGAUCCAGAUAAACUUCUUGCCGCGCUCCUUCCUGUUGGUAUCAUCUUUCUCCUGAUUGUCGUUGGAUUUUGUCUGAAGAAACGUGUAACGAUCCGGCAAUGCGUGGGGGAGCUGAAAGGGCAGAAACAAGGAGUGGACCGUUCCAUCCACGUUGAACUUCAGUCUUUGGAGAAUUCAACACUGAAAGACGACAAGAACAAGGCUUCUUGAGAAAUGAGUGAAGAAGUACAAUGUUGUGCUUAUCUUUGAUUGGCUGAGUAAUCAAAAUGAUUUUAGAAAGUGUCCUCAAGCUGCUCUCAUUACGUUACAGCUGGUUUAAGUACAGCUUAAUUCAAAUUAAUUACUUUGGAUUGUUUUAAGUGGUUCUAAAAGCUCAUCCUUAUACCCAUUUAGAUACUUAUAUUUGAUCUGUGUCAUUGUCUUGUAUUUCAUAUUGGAAUAGGAUGUGCUUUUGUUUAGUGUAUGUAGCACUUUGCAGCUUGGCUUCAUUUCAGCCUGUGGAGAUUCCAGGAAGUAACUCAAUUAUGAGAACCAACAUCUACACUUAACAUAUUUGUUAUGCCAUUAUUAUAGUUUGAACAUUACUGUUCAUACCUACUGCUGUUUAAAGCACUUUUGUUGUCUUUGAGAAGAAGAGUUUUUGGAUGUCCUCUGUGUCAGUAAUCAAAAGAAUCAGAUCCAAUUUAAUUAAAACUACCUCGUUAUCUAAGGAUCUGGAAACUACAGUGGCUUGCAAAAGUAUUCGGCCCCUUGAACUUUUCCACCUUUUGUCACGUUACAGCCACAAACAUGAAUCCAUUU